GAAUGGGAGCUGGUCGUAAGCUCAAAUCCCAUCGUAGAAGGCAGAGGUGGGCUGACAAGUCAUAUAAGAAGUCCCACUUGGGAAAUGAGUGGAAAAAACCAUUUGCUGGAUCAUCCCAUGCAGAAGGCAUUGUCCUAGAAAAGAUUGGCAUUGAGGCUAAGCAGCCAAACUCUGCUAUCAGAAAAUGUGCUCGUGUUCAGCUGAUCAAGAAUGGAAAAAAGAUUGCAGCUUUUGUACCUAAUGAUGGUUGCUUGAACUACAUUGAGGAGAAUGUAUUUUGUGAUGCAAUGUGUAAAUAA